UCAUCGUCGAUUAUUAUUCACCCGAGGGGUAAUUUUAGGAAAAAAGUAUAACAUCUUGUCUCAGUCUGACGGCAUCGGUUUCAUGAUCGUUUGGUUGAUACCCCGCGAAUUGAACAGUAUAAACACGACAUUAAACACCAACUAACCGCCGUCCUCGAACGGGAUUGUGGCUGUUCGCUCAUCCUUGGGAAUCCAUCAUGCCUCUCACAACGCCAUCUGUGUUCCCUCCGGAAUCCCAUGUGUUUUCCAAAUUUGCUAGUCGUCGAAGCGUAGUCCAUAGUACCAAGGGUAUCGUGUCAUGUUCGCAACCGCUGGCGGCAAAAUGCGGCAUCGAGGUGCUGGAAGCGGGUGGCAACUGUGCUGAUGCGGCGGUAGCCGUCGCGGCCGGCCUCAACAUGACGGAGCCGUGUUCCACUGGCAUAGGCGGCGACAUGUUCUGCCUCUUCUACGACGCCAAGACGAAACAGGUCUCCGCUAUGAAUGGCUCGGGUCGCUCAGGGAACAAGUGCACCCUCGAGACCAUCCGCAGCUCCUUAGGCCUUAAGGACGGCGAGUCUGGCAAGAUUCCGUUGUCUAGCGUGCACGCCGUCUCUGUGCCGGGAGCGGCAGCCGGAUGGGUUGACACGAUCGAACGGUUCGGCAGCGGCAAGGUGACAUUGCAGCAGGUCCUAGCACCGGCGAUCGAGCUCGGCGAGAAGGGCUUCCCUGUCGCUGAAGGGGUCGCGUAUUUCUGGAACAAAUCCGAACCGCAAAUCAGGAGAGCCUCCCCCAACGGCAGCGAGAUGCUCAAAAAGGACCCCAGCGCACAGGACGGGGCGCGCGCUCCUAAAGCGGGAGAAAUCAUGAAGAAUCCCGCUCUGGCCCAGACCUUCCGGACCCUAGCCACGGAAGGCAAGAAAGGGUUCUACUCGGGGCGCAUCGCGACCGAACUCGUCAAAGUCGUACAGGACCUCGGCGGCCACCUCGAGUUCGACGACCUAGCGCACCACAUGGAAACGGGCAGCGAGCCCGUGUCCCCGAUCUCGCUGAAGUUCCGGGGCCAGAACGUGCGCGACCUCCUCAAAGACAGCGUCCUGACCUCCUCCAACUCCGACUCCGGCAGCGACGCCCCGGACCUCGGCCUCGAGCUCUGGGAGCACCCGCCCAACGGGCAGGGGAUCGUCGCGCUGAUGGCGCUCGGCAUAAUCCAAGAGCUGGAGUCGCAAGGCAAGAUCCCGACCUUCUCGGCCGCGGACUUCAACACGGCGCCGUACCUGCACGCCAUCAUCGAGGCCCUGCGCAUCAGCUUCGCGGACGCGGCCUGGUUCGUCGCCGACCCGAACGUCUCCGACGUGCCCACGGACUCGCUACUCGCGCCACCGUACCUCGCCUCGCGCGCGGCGCUCUUCGACCCUACAAGGGCGUCCGACGUACUAACCCACGGGUCGCCAGCCCUGCAGAGCAGCGACACCGUGUACUUCGCCGCGUCCGACUCCUCGGGGAACGCGAUCUCCUUCAUCAACAGCAACUACGGCGGGUUCGGGACGUGCAUCAUCCCGCGCGGGUGCGGCUUCACGCUGCAGAACCGCGCGGCGAACUUCAGUCUGGAGAAGGGUCAUCCGAACGUGCUGGCUCCCCGGAAAAGGCCGUACCACACCAUCAUCCCGGCCUUGGUCACGAACCUGCACGACGGCUCGCUGCACAGCGUGUACGGCGUCAUGGGCGGCUUCAUGCAGCCCCAGGGCCACGUGCAGGUGCUCCUCGGCCAGGUCGUCGGACGCCUGAGCCCGCAGCAGGCGCUCGACGCGCCGCGCGUGUGCAUCGGCGCUGGCGGCGAGGGGAAGAGCGAUCGCAUGGUGUACGUGGAGGAGGGCAUGUCGGCGGAUACGGUGGACGGGUUGAAGAAGCUCGGGCACGAGGUCAAGGUCUUGACGGAUAUGGAGAGGGCGCAGUUCGGGCGCGGGCAGAUCAUUCGCUGGAGCGUGGAUCCGGUUGAGGGUGUUGGGGUGUGGUCUGCUGGCAGCGAUCCCAGGGGUGAUGGGGCUGCGUAUCCUCUGUGAGGCUUUGGUUGUGGCCUUGAGGUACGGGGUGCUUGGGCUAGAAAUGGUAGAUUAAAUCAUGAAGUAGGUACCUACGUAGUGAGAAAUUUGAGAUAAGUUUAGGGAG